ACGUCGGCCAUAGACCGACCAAUCAUGCGGCUCACGGUAGACAUGCAAGCCUGGUUGGUCCCGUCUGACGAUGGACAACGACGAUGAUGUAGGAUCGCAGAUGGCCAUCCAAGAUAGACAUUCUGAGCUGCGCAUCCCUUCUAAGCACGACAGACCUCUCUCAUCGUAACCGCUUGAGUCUCAUCUUCCCUUCUCCGAGCAGUCGCCCCCGAGUGGGCCAGCGGAGCAGAGCCCGUCAAGGAAAUGAGACUAGCAGACUGGACGAACGCCCUAGGCGAGACUGAAAAUUCUGUAGUCUGUCUGCUUCUUGCGGGGUUUCCCCCGUGGGCGCGCGACGAUGAUUCCCCGGACUUCGAGUCCCAUGGUGGCCCAUCUCGGACCCUUCUUCUGGGUCGAGCCGGGUUGUCUGUUCCCACCCAACCCCAGGUUUCUCUCUUCUCGGCAGCUAUGAGGCAUAUUUCAUGCGUCCUCUCCUCCUCCUCCUCCUCCUCCUCGUGCAGCCCGGCGUCGACGCUGGAUUCGAUCGCCCCGUGGCCAAGACUGAACUUGGCGUGGAAUGGGUUGAGACCUUGA